GUUGUGUUUUUCAUUUACGAUCUCAUUCUUGUUGUCUUAUUCACGAUCGCGGUGCUACAGUCGGACAUGAGUGCAUCGUUAUCCUACACUAUUUACGUAACGGAGUCAAUCUCAUCCGCUACUGUUUUGCUCUUGACUUCUGCACUUUUACUAUGUGUUCUUCCUACGAUAAUUUGGACAGCCUACAUUGCAUACUUGGACAUUCUAUUCAUUGCCGAAAUUGAUCGCGGCCUAGAGCUCGUACAAGAGCUCAACGACAACCCUUCUUAUGAUGAUGUUGCACCAAAAAUCAAUGAUUUCUAG